UCCCGCCACGCCAUCCAGAGGAGGCUCAGAGCCCGGCCAGGCGAGCCCCAGCAUGGCACGGCCUCCGGGGCUCUGCCUGCUGGCCCUGCUGGGGCUGGGGCUGGGGGCAGGGGCCUCGCCUGCCUGCUGGGACCCCCGUGGCCAGCCCCGCCGCUGCAUGCCCGUCUUUGAAAAUGCCGCCUUCGGCCGGGUCGCCCAGGUCACCAACACAUGCGGUUCUCCGCCUGAGGACUACUGCCUGCAGAUGGGCACCCGCCACGCCAGCACCCUGUGCCACCGCUGCGAUGCCACCGACCCCCAGCGCCACCACAACGCCUCCUUCCUCACCGACUUCCACAGCCAGGAGGAGAGCACCUGGUGGCAGAGCCAGUCCAUGGCCUUCGGCAUCCAGCACCCCAACUCCGUCAACAUCACUCUCCACCUGGGCAAAGCCUACGAGAUCACCUACGUGCGGCUGAAGUUUCACACCAGUCGCCCCGAGAGCUUUGCCAUCUACAAGCGCAGCCACGCCGAGGGGCCCUGGGUGCCCUUCCAGUACUACAGUGCGUCCUGCGAGAAGACCUACGGGAAGCAGCAGCGGCACUACCUGCGGCCAGGAGAGGAUGAGCAAGUGGCCUUCUGCACCGACGAGUUCAGUGACAUCUCCCCGCUGAGUGGGGGCAACGUAGCCUUCUCCACCCUCGAGGGACGGCCCAGUGCCUACAAUUUCGAUGGGAGCCCCGCGCUGCAGGAAUGGGUGACCGUCACUGACCUGCUCAUCUCCUUGAACCGGCUCAACACGUUCGGGGAUGACAUCUUCAAGGACCCCAAGGUGCUGCAGUCGUACUACUACGCCAUCUCUGACUUCUCUGUCGGUGGCAGGUGCAAAUGCAAUGGCCACGCCAGCGAGUGCGCGGCGGACGAGGCCGGGCAGCUGGUCUGCGUGUGCCAGCACAACACGACCGGCGCCGACUGCGAGCGCUGCCAGCCCUUCUACCAGGACCGGCCCUGGGCUCGCGGCACCGCCGAGGCCGCCAACGAGUGUCUCCCUUGCAACUGCAGCGGCCGCUCCGACGAGUGCUUCUACGACUGGGAGCUGUACCGCCGCAGCGGGCACGGGGGCCACUGCCGUAACUGCCGCGACAACACGGCCGGGCCCCACUGUGAGCGCUGCCGGCGGAACCACUACCGCUGGGAGCAGCAGGCAGCCUGCCAGCCCUGCCACUGCCACCCCGCAGGCUCCCUGCAGCCCCAGUGCGACAGCUCGGGGACCUGCCUCUGCAAAGCCAACGUGACGGGCUGGAAGUGCGAGCGCUGUAAGGACGGCUACCACAGCCUCAGCGAAGGCGGCUGCAGACCCUGUGCCUGCAACCCCGCGGGCAGCGUGGGCACCUGCGACCCCAACACGGGGCAUUGCACCUGCAAGGAGAGCGUGGAGGGGCACUUGUGCAACAGGUGCCGGCCAGGCUGGUUUAACCUGCAGCCCCACAACCCUGCUGGCUGCACCAGCUGCUUCUGCUACGGCCACUCCACUGCCUGCACGGCGGCAGAUGGCUACGAGGUGACCCAUGUCCGCUCCGACUUCAGCCAAGGGCUGGAGGGCUGGGCCGCUGCAGCUCCGGGCACCACGGACCUGCCUCUGCUUUGGGCUGACGGGGAGAUUGUCACCAAGUGGGACGGAGAGGAGCUGGUGGAUUUUCUUGCACCAGAGAAGUUUCUUCAGAACCAGCGUCUCAGUUAUGGGCAGCUCCUGUCCCUGCUGCUGGGAGUGGAGGGGAAUGGGACUGGGAUGGAGGCUGGGGUGCCCCUGCUCCGGGUCCAGCUGGUGCUGGUGGGUGAGGGGAUGGAGAUCACCAUGCCCAGCAGUGAGAGCCAGCCCCAGCGUGGAAAGCAGGCUGUCACUUUCAGGCUGCAUGAGGCAGAUGGUGCUGAGCCUUCGCUGUCGGCCUUCAGCUUCCAGCGCCUGCUCUCCAACCUGACCGCCCUCCGCCUCCGCGUGAGCCGCGGCCCCGUGCAAGGCAGGCUGUCCCUGAGCGAGGUCCAGCUCACGUCCGCUCGCCCCGGGCCAGGGACGCGGGCGGGCUGGGUGGAAGAGUGUACGUGUCCCCUGGGCUACGCCGGGCAGUUCUGCCAGUCCUGUGCACCCGGCUUCAAGCGGGAGAUCCUCUUCGGUGGCCCCUUCGUCAGCUGCGUGCCCUGUGCCUGCAACCAGCACGGGGACUGCCACCCCCUCACAGGGCACUGCCGGUGCUUGCACAAUACAGAAGGUCCCUCCUGCGAGCGUUGCAGCCCUGGGUUUUACGGCAACCCCUUUGUAGGGCGCUUCGAUGACUGCAAGCUGUGCCCCUGUCCCGGCCACUCACCCUGCACCGAGGUGCCUGGCAGUGGAGAGGUGGUCUGCACCCACUGCCCCCCUGGACAGAGAGGAAAACACUGUGAGCUCUGCGAUGAUGGGUUUUUUGGGGACCCCCUGGGGCAGAGGGGCCCCGUGCGCCCCUGCAUCCCCUGCCAGUGUCACGGGAACGUGGACCUCAACGCUGUGGGGAACUGUGACCCCGUGUCUGGCCGGUGCCUGCGCUGCCUGUACAACACGAUGGGCGAGCACUGUGAGAGGUGUCAGCCGGGCUUCUAUGGGGAUGCGCUGGCUCCCGACCCCACCGGGAAGUGUGCACCUUGUGAUUGCAACCCCAACGGCUCAGCCCCGAGGCUGGAGGGCUGUGAUCCACGCACGGGCCAGUGCCACUGCCUCCCACAUGUGACGGGCAGAGCCUGUGAACUCUGCCAGCCUGGCUACUAUGGCCUGCAGCCUGCUGUGGGGUGCAAGAGCUGUGAGUGCCACUCGACAGGGUCACGGGAGAGCGGGUGCCACGCGCUGACGGGGCAGUGCUCCUGCCAGCCGGGUGUCACAGGGAAGCAAUGCGACCGAUGCCGCCAUGGCUUCUUCGGCUUCUCGGCCAGGGGCUGCCGAGCCUGCAACUGCUCCCCGCUGGGCUCCGUCACCCCACAGUGCCACGAGAACAGCACCUGCAUCUGCCACCCCGGCUUCGUGGGCUACAAGUGCGACCAGUGCCAGGCCAACUUCUUCCCUGACCCACUGAGCUCCCGCUGCCAGCAGUGUCCUGCCUGCUACGGGCUGGUGAAGGACGAGGCUGACCGGCUGAAGGCCAGGCUGCAGGAGAUGGAGGAAUGGCUGCAAAAACCAGUCUGCUAUGCCCGCCUGGACCAGUCCCUCAUGCUGGGAGACACACCCCGGGGAGAUGGGCUGCCCAGCCCUCACCUCCUGCAAGGUGCCUGGGCUGCCCUCUCAGCGCAGGUGGGGCAGCUGGCAGGGGUGCUGGGCACUGCACGGGGCCGUCUCAGCAACGCCAGCCAGGCCACCGGCUGUUCCGGCCAUGGACCCCCCAAGACCUGCAUCCUGUUGUCAGAGAUCGGGGCCAUGCUACAGUCGGCACAGCGGGAGAUCCUGCACGCUGCGGACACCCUGGCUACCAUGGAGAUGCCCCAGGAAAUCCCUCAGCAGCCCACAAACUGGAGCCGCCAGGCACUGGAGGCGCAGGAGCUGGCCAAGAGCCACAAGGAUGCCGCAGUUCAGGUGGAGGCGGUGGUUGGGAGAGCACUGCACGCCUCCAACACCAGCUUGGAGCUCCUGCGGAGCCUGUUGGAGGGGAACGCAACACAGGAGGUGCAGCGUGAGCUGGAGGCCAGGUAUGAGGAAAUCCAGCGGGCACGGGAGGAGCUGGACACUGGUGUGGCGGAGGUGGCAGUGGAGGCCAGGAGGGCUUUCGCAGCCGUGCAGCAAGUGAACGCAGACAUGGCCAAGCAAAUUCUGCAGGUGGCUGCACUGGGGCAGGCACUGCCGGCGCAGGCUGGAGCCCUGGCACAGGACCUGGCAGCGCUGGAGCGGGCAGUGGAAGCACAGGAGCCAUCAGCUUGGCAGGCCGUCGAGGCGUCCCGCGCUCUGGCAGCCAGAUUGCGCCAGGAGCUGCAGAGGACUCGCAGCUUCAAGCAGCUGCGGGGCCGGGCUGGCUCUGCCCACGGCACGGCCACCUCAGCUGUCUCACGCGGAAAAGCCGUGCUCUCUGAUGCGGAGUCCCUCCUGGCAAGCUUGGAAGGCAUGAGGAAGGUGCUGGGGCAUCGGAAGGGCCAGGCUACCCUGAGCAGGAGGAUGACACUUGUGCGGGACAGGGCGGUGGUAGAGGCCCAGAGGAAGAUUAAACAGGCAGAGAAGAUGCUGGGAAACUCAUUGUCCAUCUCCACCACAGCCCGGAGGAUAGCUGGGGAGGCUGAGCAAGUCUCUGGGGAGACUGCCAAGAGGGCACAGGCUGUGCUGGGGGAGAGCAAGCAGGCCCGCAAGCACACCAGCCGGCUUGCCACGCGUGCCAAUGAGACCCAGCGGGAGCUCUCCUGGCAGGAGCGUGUGGCUGAGAAGCUCAGGGGGGACCUGAAGGAAGCACACCAGCCGUGGGUCAAUGAUGUCCCUGAUCUGGGCGUCUGUCUGUCUUGGAAGGUGGGGAUGGAGGUGAGUGAGAUGGCAAAAAGUCUCCAGGAAGCCCGGGGCUCACUCAUGUCAGACAUCGAGACCCUGAACGACCUGCUGAGCAGCCUAGGAAACCUGGAACAGCCUGCGCAGGUGGAGAGGCUGCUGAGCACCGGGCGGCUGCAGCUGGAGCAGCUGUGGCUGCGCCUGGCCACGCCGGACGCCCUGGGCGGACAGCUCAGCCUGCUGCAGCAGGAGGCGGUGCGGCAGCAGGAGAAGAUCCAGGCUUUUGAGAGCGACUUGGCCGAGAUCCGGGCCGACAAGAAGAACCUGGAGGACAUUUUGCGGAGCCUCCCCGAGGGCUGCUCGAAGUGGCAGUGACAGGUCCCUGGCCACUGCCCCAUCACCUUCAUGUCCCUCCACACAGGGACCGGCAGAGAGAAGGACACCCUGUGUUCACCAGCACCAAUCCCUCCCGCUGCCCUUCACACUGCCCUCCACGCAAUAUCACACCCCAGGUCCUUAUCUGCACCAGUUCAGGCUCAGCAUCCCAAGCUCUCUGCAGCAUGACUUCAGCCACCAGCUCUGUCCUUGGGGCAGGGGGACAACCAGCUACCAGGGAGCACGGACAUUCCUGUGCAGGAGGUGGAGCCAUCACAGGGUUGGUUUCGCACCAUGGAGUUAAUGAAGAACUGUCACCACCGAGAAAGGACAACUUAUCAAGUAUGUAAAGUACCAAGGCUGUAACACCCGGCAGUCCCCCCUGCCCAGGAGAUGAGAGAGGCUGUUGCACACAUGCUGGAAGCUGGUCCUGCUGCACAGCACCCUGCAGUGCGAUGCUUACAUGCUGUGGUCACAGAGGUGCAGAGAUGAAUCACGAUGAAGCCAAGCAGAGAGCUGCUCACCAGAGGGCACACGACUUGCCUGCUUCCCAGGGGAAGGGAGCUUGCAAGAGGGAGGGCUAAACUGAGGCCAAGCAGAAGCAAAGCUGGACCUGUAAUCAGCUCCCAGCAGGCAGGUGGGGCAUCCUUUGCCUGCUGCAGGGCAAGAGUGGCUCUGCUCCUGCUGUUCCCUUGCUCCAGGGUAGCGCAAGGCUGCCGCUGCCCACAGCUCUGGUCUUCAUGUCCUGACCCAGCUCUGCUUGACUCACUGGAUGUCACCAGGUCUGGCUAUAACCAGCCCAAUUGCCUGCAGUCCUGGGGGCUGGGGGGAUAGCAACGCACCGGGCAGGGAGGUGGGCACGCUGACACUUGCAGCUGCCUCACCCACAGCCCCCCAUCAGCACCCCCACACCCUCCCCACUGGAGAGGAGCUGGCGGGAGGCACCAGGCUGUGCAGCCGGCAUGGGCUGGACAGGGAGCAGCUGGACACGGCCACCUCCCACCAGUGUCACUCCCACUGGGUGGCAGAGGUCGGCAGCUGUAUUGCCUUUAAAGGAAAGGCAUGUGCAUUCACCCAGUGCUCCCGUAUGGCUGGGGCCACGCAGGCAGCAGAGCCAGGUCCUUGUUCGGCCCACCCUGUGCUGGUUGUGCGGUGACUCCAGGAAGCAGUUGAAGUCACUCCCGUAACACCAUAAAUGAGCCCCCAGGCAGGAGGCCACAUCACUUUUUAACCUGUUUUACCUGUGUUCUCUGCUCACAGUGCUGGAAAUCAGGUUUGCUGGAGUCUUUUUUAAUGCUAUAUGUAAAAAUGCCGCCAUAGACGUUGGAUCCUCCCAGCAUCAUCUUUGGCGGAUCCAGUGGUCUGGAAGGGACACAGGAUUUUCAUACCAUGAACAAACCCAUCUCCCUCCUAAUUCUGCACAAAAGCUGCCGGAGGAGUGGGGUGCCAGAGCUGCAGCACUGCAGGAGUGUAAUGGCAGGAGCUCCCCUCUUCACUGCCCAAGGACAGCGCUGCAAAAGCAACACCAUGCAGCAGGGAGAGCACAACUUUGGCUUGGCUGAGAGGCAGGGAGCCAUAGCACUUACCAUGUCCCUGGGAAGACAAUUAUACAUCUCAAAUCGACACACAAAUUUGCUGCUGUUGCAGAAAUGUCAAGCCUCUGCCUUGUGCCUGCUGCUGAAGAUACGGUUCAUCCUCCGUCCUGCUCUCCCUGGAACUCUGUUUUCGUAGCUGGUGACACCUGCCUAGAGCUGUACCCAUUAAAAAAUCUUAAUAUAA